AAUAAAACAAGCUAAGAUAAUACAUGCAUGGUGACUACAAUAAUGGACAUUUGUGACGUCAACAAUCUCCGUAGCAAGUGGUAGUAUUAAGGACUACAAAUCAAGAGGUUGCAGGUUAGACCCUUUAAACCGCGUGAAAAUUAUGGGACAAUUGUUAGGUUUGUGUUUAGGAUCUAACACGUACAUUUUUUAACUGCAGUCAGCAAUAUUCGAGCAGAGACUCUCUGAUUCGAGCUAUACAUAAAGGCGGACUACACUUAGGUCAAUGUGCAGGUAAACAAGUGCUCAUUAUUAGCAACAUCAGGGUACGAUGCCACGCAAUGAACCAAAUCACCGAGCUUGCCAAUCUUGAUACUUAAAGAGGGAAAUCUAACGGUAGAUCUAUAAGAUCAAGUUCAACGGUUGAAGGUGUUCGUUUGCCUGACAUAACUUAUGUUAUUUUGUUUAUUAAUUAUUUAUUUUCAUUUAUCCUGUUAGUAGUAGUUGUAGAAUUUAGCGUGACCACUAAAAGAUUUAUUGCACUCAACCAAAAGCAAAUCUUUCUAGUGAAAUAGGUGGGAGUGUCGUCCCUUGCCGAAUGCGGAAGUAGGUGGCGCUACACAGGAAGUACACGUGUGGUGUGGUGUUUUGACGUUCAGACAAACUUCAAUAUUGUUGAGAUACUGUGUGUUCCAGAAGACACAGUGAGGUUUUAAAACAGCCAAAAUGAGAAGAACACAUAUAGGAGAGAUGGGGUACCAGAACCAGGCCCAGCUGGUGGAGGACGAGAACCAGGUGUUGGAGGAUGCUUUGACGGGGAAAGUAAAGGCUCUCAAAUCUCUAAGUAUUGACAUUGGAACAGAAGUAAGGACACAGAAUAUGAUGUUAAGAAAUAUGGAUGAUGACUUUGACAGUUCCGGCAACAUCCUCCAGGCAACGAUGGGACGACUGAAGGCGUUGACGAAAGCCGGGCACUACAAAAUCUGGAUCUACAUGAUUCUGUUCUGUCUUUUUGUGUUUGCGGUGUGCUGGUUCAUUGUCCGAUUCAGGUGACCUGACGUCACACCUAUUUAUAUUGACAACUACAAAUAUGCCAAAAAGAUUAAGUCUUAACAUGCUUAGGACAUUGCUCCCAGAAUGAUAAGAUAAGUCUUUGCCCACUUCUGUUGGAACCCUAGUUGCUGUUUUUAUUGUGUACCCCGGUACAUGGUUUUAUCUCUUUUGCAAUGUUCUACAAAAAAUCUCGAAUUACUCAAAUAAUUUAUGCAAUAUCAUGAGCAGAGGCAUGUAAACAGAAUUAUCAUGACUAAGUUAUUUUGUAAGUUAGUAAUCAAGAUUCAUAUUGGAAUUGCAUUUGGUGUUAUUUAUGUAUAUUCAUAUCACCUAAACAAUUAUUCAUACAUUUUCCACUCAAAACCAUUUAAGGACCACCAAAUUCAUUCAUAUUACUACAGUGUAUCUGGUCUGACUGAUUAUCUAUAGUAAUAUAAAGGAAUUUGGUGGUCCUUCUUGGCACGACAGAUUAACAACAGAAAUUUGAAAGGUGGUCCUUAGAUUGUUUUGAGUAGUAUAUUUGCUCACUCAAUCUCAUUAAAAUCAGAUAUAAGUUCUCGCUGCCGCUAAACAAAGAUCUGAGGACAUCCCAUUACGGGUCACGUCAGAACAACCUUUCAUCCAACC